AUGGAGGACGCCGAGUCGGCGGCGAAGCAGCUGGGCUUAGCGGAAGCGGCGGCAGUGGCGGCAGCGGCGGCAGCUGCGGCGGCCGGGGAGGAACCCGAACAACAGCAGCAGCCGCAGCAAGCCGCGGCCUCGAAGGCGGAGCCCGAAGAGGAGGAGGAGGAGCAGGCGGCGGCGCAGGUGACGGUGAUGGCGGCAGAUGCCGAACACAUGGAGAUGGGAGCAGAGCCCCUGCCUAACGCCGAUGAGGCCGCAACCGCCUUCGCAGAAGUCACCACAGUGACAGUAGCCAACGUUGGUGCCUCCGCAGACAAUGUUUUCACUACAUCUGUGGCAAAUGCAGCUUCAAUUUCAGGCCAUGUGCUGUCUGGGAGAACAGCCCUCCAAAUUGGGGACAGCUUGAACACUGAGAAAGCCACUCUCAUAGUGGUUCACACAGAUGGCAGCAUUGUGGAAACCACAGGGUUGAAGGGGCCAUCAGCACCUCUCACACCAGGACCACAGUCUCCUCCUGCCCCUUUAGCAUCUGUCCAAGGGAAGACUGGAACCAAGUACAACUGGGACCCAUCUGUGUAUGAGAAUGAGCUCCCAGUGAGGUGCAGGAACAUCAGUGGCAUUCUCUAUAAGAACAGACUUGGCUCAGGGGGCCGGGGGAGGUGCAUUAAGCAAGGGAACAACUGGUACAGCCCCACGGAGUUUGAGGCGAUGGCAGGACGAGCCAGCAGCAAGGACUGGAAGAGGAGCAUCCGCUAUGCUGGGAGGCCUCUGCAGUGCCUUAUCCAUGAUGGGAUUUUAAACCCUCAUGCUGCCUCUUGCACUUGUGCUGCCUGCUGUGAUGACAUGACUCUGAGUGGCCCUGUCCGACUCUUUGUGCCCUAUAAAAGGAGGAAAAAAGAUAAUGAGAUGCCUGCAACUCCAGUGAAGAAGGAUUGCCCCAAAAACAUCACUCUGCUUCCUGCCACAGCUGCUACUACAUUCACUGUGACUCCUUCUGGACAGAUCACUACCUCUGGUGCUCUGACCUUCGACCGCACGUCCACAGUGGAAGCCACAGCAAUUAUCUCGGAGAGCCCAUCCCAGGGGGAUGUCUUCACAGGAGCCACUGUUCAGGACACCAAUGUCCAGCAGCCUUGCCGGGUCAGUCACCCAGAGCCUCACUACCCCAGCUACCAGGAGAACUGCCAGAUCUCACCUUUUCCUGAGGCUGCUCUCCCAACAGCUCAUCCCAAAAUUGUGCUAACCUCGCUGCCUGCCCUGGCAGUGCCCCCCACCACCCCCACCAAAACCACCUCCCCUUCGGUGGUGAGCAGGCUGGAGGUGACGGAGCAGCGCAGCUGGCUGUACCUGGAGGAGACUGUCAGCUCCUUGCUCACCACAGCCCAGCAGCUGAAGACUCUGAUUGAGCAGGCCAAGCAGGCCAGCUCCUCCUUCCGUGAGGCCGCUGUCACACAAGCCAAAAUCCAAGCUGAUGUAGAGAGGAAAGAGCAGUCCUGUGUCAACUGCGGCCGGGAGGCAACCAACGAGUGCACAGGAUGCCACAAGGUCAACUACUGCUCCACCUUCUGCCAGAGGAAGGACUGGAAGGACCACCAGCACAUCUGUGGGCAGUCAGCCACGGUGACGGUGCAGGCGGAGGAGGUGCACGUCACGGGCGGCGUGAUGGAGAAGGUGCCGGUCUGA